AUGGCCCGAAUGAACCGCCCAGCUCCUGUGGAAAUCACCUACAAGAACAUGAGAUUCCUAAUCACACACAAUCCAACCAAUGCAACCUUAAACAAAUUUAUAGAGGAACUUAAGAAAUAUGGUGUUACCACAGUGGUAAGAGUGUGUGAAGCUACUUAUGACACUGCUCCGGUGGAAAAAGAAGGCAUUCAGGUUUUGGAUUGGCCCUUUGAUGACGGUGCUCCACCAUCCAACCAGAUUGUUGAUGACUGGCUAAACCUCCUUAAAGUUAAAUUUCGUGAAGAACCUGGUUGUUGUGUUGCUGUACACUGUGUUGCUGGUCUUGGAAG